AGAGUAGACGAAGCUUUCUUUAUUACUAUAAAUCUGCAGAAAGCAACACGGCCGUGCGCAUAUAUUAUAACGCGUUUCAAGAAAAAAAAAAGAAAUUGGCCACCUCGUAGUGGCACUUCGGGCGAUUUUGCGAGGUUGCGCGAGCGUAAAGCAAAUUGCAAACGGGGAAAUUAUUAUCGUUAUUAUAUCUCACGAUUGACUCGAAGAAAUUAAAAAAAAAAGAGACAAACUUCCGCAUUUCGAUGGCGGCAGAUUAAUUCUCGUCGAGCUUGAGAUGCAUGUUGUUUGCGUCACGCAUCGAAGACCACCGCGCGAUCGAGCACGAUAUAAAUUGACUUCAUUUUUUACUCCGGUUCCGUCGAAUUUUUGCAGUCUGCUGGGACACACGCACACACGUCAGGUCGUCGCAUUUACGGGUUUACCACGUACGCGAUCGUUAACAUUUACCUGUCCGCGUGUGUACGUACACGCCGGCGAUCGGCUUACAUGUCAUUACUCGCUCGCGUGUUAUCCGCCGCAGGUCGCGAUAAGCGGUUGGACGGCGAGGCCCAAUUGUCGCCGCAAUUGUCGGUUGGAGAAAUACAUACAUACGCGUGCCGAAAUCUCGUUCUCUUCCUGGAGGAUCGUCCGGCCUCUCGAACGUAGUCAUGCAAGCGCGGGAUGGACAACGAUAUCCUGUUGACAAGUUAAUGAAAAGAGUGUUUCUCGCGCGUUCCUACCUUCUCUUUGCAGCGGACAGUCCGGUUGUCGGUCGCCGUAGAAGCCGAUCUCUCGGUUGCGACGGAGAUCGUGAGCACAGGUGUUACUCGCGCGACGCAACGCGCGCGUAUGUGGCAGCUGGAAAUCGCGAUAUCUCUUGUGCAAUUCGCGUGCGGUGGGUUUGGAGCCGCGGUUUACCGUGGUGAUCGUAUCUGGUGCUCCUGUUAACGUACGCUGGGUUUUCGCGACUGUAAAUAGACGAGAGGAGUCUCGGCCGAUCUGCUUUUGAAAUUCCUUCUGUUGCGUUCUGAUCUGCUUGUGCGACUCUCACGCGUGCACGUUUGUUAAUAAACACGGCGAUUUAAUUAAUCGCGAGCAAACAAACGUAAAUCCCCAGAUAUUAAUGCGAACUCCGAAGUUCCGAGUUUAUCGCGAUGCUGGCACGUUUACGACGGUAAUAGUGCAUUCAAUUCUACGCCGUGACGUUGACUUGACCGAUUAUGAUUUGUGAUCGUCACAAGAACAUCAUAGACGACGCAGACUCGUCGAUGACAAUGGACAUGGACAAAGAUGUCAUCGAAGUGGAGCUUCGUAUGAGGCUCCGAGAAGUCAACGAUGAGAACAUGCUCCUCCGCGACGAGCUCGAGCGGCACGAGGCGACGAUAGAGACUCUCAAACUGCAGUGUAACAUUAAUGAGAAACAGUUAGAUCGUUACAUUCAGAAGUGCCAGCAACUGGAAAAGGAGAACGACGAGCAGAGGGACAAACUGAAUGAAGCGAUGAGGAACGAGAAGACUUUAGCUUCGGCUCUCCGAAGGUCCACAAAGGAAUAUAAGGAUUUGUUGAAACAAUUGGAAGCCGCGGAAAUUGAGGUGCAAGCUAUACCGUCUUUAAAAGAUAAAGUGGAAAAGAUCAGCAAGGAGAAGGUAAUUUGCCUAAGACAAAUCACUAAACUGCAAGAAGAGUUCAACGAGAGGGAAGACGAGUGUAAGCAGCUGAAAGUCACAGUGACCGAACUGAAGGAUGCGAGUAGCAAUAUGAAGGACACCUACGAAUUUACGAUUCGUAAUUUACGCGAGAAAAAUCGUCAGCUUGUGGACGAAAACGUGGAGCUACAAUCGUCGCUUCUUAAUGGAGAAGGGAAUUCGACAUCGCCAAUCCCGGACACGGAUGGAUGCUGUACGCAUAGCACACCUUAUAAACCGGAGAAAGUGGAGCGGCAAGAUUCAUUGUAUGCAGAAUUGAUAGCUUCGGGUUUUGCAGUCGAAUGCAGCAAAAACGAAUCGUGCAAACUGGAGCUCGAAGAGGAACUGGAACAGUAUGACACUGCGAUUUCUGCGAUAUCGGAGCAGCUAGAGAAAGUUGUACAAGCGUUCGUUACCAUGCGGGGCUCUUCUAACGCUGUACCUCGGUCGGACUCUCAGGAUGCGGAUGCUAAGACGCGUAGUAUUGAAGCAUUGGAGCACAAAAUAGCUUUCCUGCUGCAUAUGGCGACCGAAGAGAUCACGAAGCGGAGCACCGAGGAUGCGAGCACGCUGCUUCGAGCCGAUGCGGCAAACCCAACCGAGAAUCUGCACCAAUUCGGUGUCUCUAAUUUCCACGACGCACUGGCACGCGCCCAGCCGUCUGCAAAAGCAAAGACGGAUCUGUGGCCGAUAACUCCUCAAUGCGUGGAAAGCAAUAAGGACAACGACAGUGACCCAUUUUUGAGAGUUAUAAAAACAUUCAGGAAUAGUCGCAUCAUCGAUCCGAUUGUUGAAGAACUAAACGAGAUCAUCGAGGACACCCUUAACUCGCUUACGACUCGCAAGGAUCAGUCGUCGGCGUACGGAAACUCAAGGCAUCGAUCAGUACAUACAUUGCCGUCGCAUUCUCAAGCCUUGCAGCCAUCUUCGUUGAGCACGGAAGACUACUCCAGCUGUCAAAGUUCAGAAACAAACACUUCCGACGCUUUGUUCGCGCAAGGUGAUGGCUUAAAACAGGAAGACAAAAAAUUCGUUACGGAGCCAGGGGACGUUCCCGACCAAGAAAAAUUGAUUGAUCUUGAAGAGAAUCCACGCGAAAUGCCGCGAAUUUCGAGUAUCUUGCAAGUGAAUGCGGAGGCGUUCAAGAUCGCAUCGAGCGAGAUGAACAGCAAGAGCUCCCAGAUACCGGAAGUGAGCAGCGCGAGCAAGUCGACGAGUCCCCGCAGGAAGAUCUCGGUCUAUUGUCGAUCGUUCGACGUGGUGGCGGUGCAGGACUCGCGCGAAAAUCAGGGAUCCGAUUUCGCGGUGAGGCAAUCCACGAGCAACUCUGCCGCGCAAACCAACGAGAUCGACGAGAAGGAUGAAAAUAACUUGUUUAAUUAUCAGUUCAAUCAUGGUUACCGCAACGCGAAGAACGAGAGCGAUUCCUCGAAUGACUCCACGCCGCAGAAACAAUUCCGGAAUAGCCAGUUGGAGGAUGAACCGCUGGCCGAACAAGCAGUACCCAGAAAAAUUCACUUAGCCCCCACGCGCUUGAUUCUUCCGCAAGAAGGUAAAAACGAUGUAAAUGGAACCAUCGACUGCGCUUCUUCCGCUGGUGGACGCGAGGAAAACGACAAUGCCUCUUCCGUGUGCUCGUCUUCGACAUUCUUUGAAGUGGACAAUUGCGAUACGUUGGACAGCGUACCACUCGAGAUCGAAUCGCGUUCAGCGACUCUGACGCAGGAACAGUUAACACCGUCUUGCCUAAUCCCGCAUGAUCGGUCAGAUUCAGCGAAAUUCGCGGAUUCAGAGGGUCCCCACUCUCAAGUGAGCGUGCUGAGAGCCAGCAGCGAGAGUCGGCCGCGAGUCGAGCGAUCAGUCGACAACCAAAUGUCGAGUCGCGAAGACAGUUCACUCGGUUCGGACAGCGAGUGCGAGGCGGCGGCGUCGGCAGCCGGUGAUCGAUUUAUCGACGAGAAAUCCGCAGAUGAGGUCGAUAAAGCUGCCAGUGCCGUGUCGUCCACGUUGUCGAGGGAUUCGACCUUUACGAGGGUGGCACCGUACACGAACGCUCAGAAGGAUGAAAAAACGCACGACAAGGACGUGAAGAAGAGACGGCAGCGGCUGCUAAUUGCCAGGAGGUCGUUGUCGGAAGGUGAGCUCAAGUGCCCGCAAGAGUGCCAUUGCGAACGGAAUAAUAGUGCUCAAGGUAUAGCCCCGAUUCAGCGAGAGAAUAAUCAACCAAGAGUCUUCCCAAGUCUCACGGAUAUUCGUCUGCAGGAAUUCGGAAUAGCCAACUUGUCAGACACGGAGUUAAGCAACAAGGAGAAUCUGAACGAGCUCGAACUGCAGAAGAGGUACAUAGCGUUCUCGCUGUGCCUCUGCACAGAUAGGGUGACCCUACCACGAAGGGUAGCGAUGUCGCUUCGGCAACGCGACCAAUCUGAAAAAAAUCUCUCCAACGAGGUGCAAAAGAUGCAGCAAGACAUUCAGGAUCUUGCGCCACUAUGCACGGACAGGGAAUCCGUGGAGCGGGUGGAGCGGGUCAGGCAUCAGUUGGACAUGAUCGCGCGCUGCGCGCACAGGGUAUCUUGCGUGGCCGAGACUCUGGGUGCCGUACACCAGGAGCUUAGGGUCUCCCGGGCUGUUCUCCUAGCCGACAGGUACCUCCAGGUGUUGCAGUCCCGCUGCGAGAAGCUGGCUUCGAAUAUCGCUGAGACUAAACGGAUCCUGAUAGAAAACAACAUAGUGAUAGAGGAGAACUCGGCCGAGUUGGGCGACGAUCUGCCUCGGAUUAAAUACAGGAGCAGUACACCCGUCAAUAAUCGCUCGUCAAUGAUGAUGGCUAGGAGACGAGCUAGCAUAGCUACAAUGUCUCGACCGAUGGGCGCACAGGAUGUGAUAAAGGAUACUGUGAGGCAACGAAACUCCGUUUCUGGACGUAUGACUCUCAGAAGACCGUCCUUCACCUCCGAGUCUCCGAAGUGGGAAGUCGAAAAGUUGAAUCGUACCGACAGUUCCAAUAGCAUCGGUGAACUUCGAGGUAUCUUCGAGCAGGCGGAAGUUCGGCGCAGCUCGACGGAGGAGAAUAACAAUAUGCUACGACUGAGCCACUGCAACAGCAAAAGUGUGAUAAACUGUACUGUGGUCGACGAGAUCUGGUCAAAUGAGAAAGAGGAAACUUCUGCCGAGCAUCUCGCACUCAACAAGAACGCCGAUCCAGAUUGUAGCAGACCACUCGUUCGAUCGUCACAAGUCUUCCGUUUGAGAAACAUAUCGUGGCGCAUGAUGCUGUGCGGUAUCUUGAUCUUCUUCCUCGGCUUCUUCGUGAACCAAACGAUAUCGAGCAACGUGUGCUCGUUGAAUGGAUGGUCGAUCGAAGAUAUUCUCGGCGGAUACAUCCGGAGGACUGCAGCGCCUCAUCCGAUGUGAAGUCAUUCACGCGCGGCCCAUAUGAUUCGGUUAGCUGUAUCGGUAUAAAAUAAGUAACCAAGCUAGAUGUACACUUUGUAACACGUAUGUCGGUGAUGAAAAGGCUGAGUAAACUACUACUACUACUAGUGAUCGCAGAGUGCGUUCACUUUCGAACGGGUCCGCACUAUGAUGCUGUGAUUGCGUUUAUAAAUCUACUUAAGGCAAUAAGUUGUAAUAAAUAAUGCAACGAAUUAGUACAUGUAUUUGUCGAAAAGUUUUAAUGAAGCGUUUAAAUUAUGAAA